AUGUGCCGAAACAUCACUGAACUUCGUGGACUCGAGCCCGCUGCUACGCCCGAGGAGAUCGAGGCCGCCUCUCGCCAAUACGUACGUAAGGUGAGUGGAAUAGCCAAGGUGUCCGACGCGAACCGAGACGCUUUCGAACAGGCGGUGCCGCAUUGCCGCCUCGCAGACAGCCACCCAGACCGUCCCGCCGUUGCGUCGUCCGGAAGUGCAGGCGCGGAUCGCUGCUCGUUCGUCCUGACCCGAGUGGAUCUCACAGAUAUCGACAUAUGGGACGUCGAACCGUUGGAUCAGCUGUCAGCUGGGCUGGAGGGCGUUCUGGUCGCUCAUCGUGUCCGCGACAUCCGGCGACGGCUGGAUACGCUGCGCAAAGAGGCCGUCGCCGACGACUUGCAUAUUCGUCAGGACGGAACCGUUUCUGCCGUUGCGCCCAUCGCCGACGGUCACCCGCUCCACGUGCAUGCCCAGUUGCUCGAGAUCGCGGUGCGAGAACUGAUCGGUGAGGCACUGCUGGUCAGCGCGGAUCUUCAUCAUGCGUUGUCUCUGCGGUCUCAGGUCGGCACCGACCUCCGUGACAAAGCUGUGCGUGUGGGGGAGGAGUGGCGAGCGUUCAGCCCUGAUCGGCAGCGUCAGAUGUUGCGUCAUGCACCCGGCCUGAUCGCCAACCUCGAUGGAAUUCCUUCUGCGGUUCGCAGUCCUGCCAAUCUCGAUCGAAUUCAAUCGGAACGAGCACGGCUGCAAGAUGAUUCAGUCCGAAUCUCGCAAGAACUCCACCGUGAGUUCUUCGGCGGCAGACUGAGUAACACAGGGGCGGGCCAGUGGUACGCCGAACGCAAACUCGAGGAUCUGGACGCGCUCGACGAGUUGUUUCGCACCGAAACUUGUCGACGGUUACUGCUCAUGGACAUGCGCUCGGCGGAUCACAUCUCCGUGACGAUUCCCGGACUGAACACCAACGUCAAGGACUCGAUGCGCGGAAUGGUCGGCGAGGCAACACGAUUGCGAGCCGAGGCGAUGCGCCAACUCGAACUGGCCGGCCGAAAGGAGAGCGUGGCCACCAUCGCCUGGAUCGGAUACGACGCGCCACAGGUGAUCGGGCCGGGAAAGUUCGACAUCGGUCGGGCCAGCUUCGACGUAAGUCGAUCGUCCAAGGCAGGCAUAGCCGCCGACGCAUUGGGUAGCUUCUUUCACGGUCUUCGUGCUGCGUCGGUCAACGACCGAGUCCAUAUCACCGCGUUGGGUCACUCCUACGGAUCGCUUGCGACUUCUCUCUUGCGCUGCAACGCGGGGCAAGCGCAGCGGUCGACGACGUGGUGUUCUACGGUUCACCCGGCGUGCGGGCCAAGGUGGAGUCGGACCUCGCGGAAGGCGACAGUAUCGCAGGGGUUCGGCCGUUUCGGUGGCGAUCCGACGCGCACCGAGUUCCACCGAUUGUCCACGGCCGAGGGGAUCACCCCGGACGGUGUCAAGCACGAGCGGGCUUUCGGUCAUGCGGAGGCGCUCGCGCGCGAAUUGGACGAGGAGAUCGGCUUGCGUGACUACGGGGCCGCCACCCAUGUGUGGCAUGAGGAGAUCCAUGAUCCGACGAUAUUGCCGGGUUGGGACGGUGCGAUCAACGACUACUUCCUCGUGCCGGUAGCGGCCGCACAAUGGUCGAGAAGUGUUCGGGCCACGCGAUUUACCCGACCGGUUUGCACGCCUGGUCAAGGAUGGAUCACCGAGUUCGCUGGAACAGUUUGUUCGGGCACCAUGAGGGCCGCGAGGCAUCGCCGUAUUCGAGCAUUUCGGCAUCGAAACACGGCUAAGCUGAGGUUAUGGAGCACUACGUGCGCGAAGGAGCCUAUCCCGUACGCGUCUACGGCUGCGCCGGUCAGUUCUCACAACCGGUUGGCAAGAACGGCCCAAAAUUGUGGAUGGCUCUCCGAGGGC